AUGGUGCAUCGGCUGGAUCGUUUCACGUCCGGCCCAUUGCUCUGGGCUUCAUGCUACCGUGGCCUCUUUGAAGCGAGGCUUCAGUUUGCAGCUCGCCAGGUCCGCAAGGAGUACCUUUGCAUCGGCCAAGGCUGGCUUCAGCUGAGCUCCGGGCCUCUUCACUUGAAGGCUCCCUUGAAAGAGGAGAUGGCGAUUGACGGGGAGCUACAGCUGGCCAGAAGCCGGGUCGACCCCUUCUCCGGGAAGUUGGCCCACACAGAGGUUUCGGAGGCAGUCCUUCUCAGUGGUCCGGACGGGGCAUCUUACACGCUCAUGAAGGUGCGCCUUCACACAGGAAGAACGCAUCAAAUACGCUGCCACCUGAGCCACGAGGGGCACCCCCUCCUGGGUGAUCCAGUCUACGGCGGUCCAACCCCCGGCUGGUCUUCGAGGCACUGGCUUCAUGCCUGGAGGCUGCAGCUUCGAAUCAGCUCCGGAAUGGUCGACCUCGAGGUGCCGGUGCCUGUGGAUCUCCAGGAGACCCUCGCAAGGCUAGCGCCUGCCAACUCGCAGGAAGCCUACAAGCUUAAGCUCCUCAUUGGCGACACGGAGACGUCC